AUUUAUUGUUGAGCAUCUUGAACUUAGAGAAACAGUAACUGAACAAAGCAAGGACUUAGAAGCGACUGUCCAGUUAAUAGAAGCGAGUCAUUGUAAAAAAUUACAUGAACUUAAAACUACUUUUAAAGUAGAAUAA